CAUAAAUACCUUUGCCGUCCACAGUUCGUUACAUUCCAUCUCCAGUUCUCCCCAACGAUUGUUACUGCUUCGCUCCUUGUCUCUCGUCAUCAUGAGGGUAACUGUGACUUUGCUCCUGCUGGUGGCCGUGUUGGGCGCCACUGACGCCUUCUGGUUCUUCGGUGGGUCUGCGACCUCUCAGGUAAAGACGGUGAAGGAGGAGGCGCAGCAGAAGCAGCAGCACCAGGUGGAGAAGAGAGAUACUGAGCUGGACGAGGAUGAUGAUGAUGACGAUGAUGAGGAUGAUGAGGAAGUGGACCAUAAUAUAGAAAAAAGAGAGGCAGAAGAUGAGGAUGAGGAUGAGGAAGAGGAUGAGGAAGAUGCUGCUGAGGAUGAGGAGGAAGAUGAUGUGGUUCAAAAGUAGUCAAAAGAUGAUUUGUCGAUGUUAAGAAAACAGACGAACAACAGGAUAAUAUCAAAGAUAUAUAGAUUGGUCGUCAGUGCUCAUCGUAAUCAGCAUAUUCAUCAUAUCAGAAUAAAUCAUAUCAAAACAGUG